UUUUUAACAGCUUUUAGGCAAUACCCGCUUUGCAUGCUACUUCGAUGUACAAUCUCCUCAACAGUUAAAAAGUAGUUCUCACGUUGUGUUAUUAUUACGUCUUGUAAUUUUCUGAAAGUUUUCAUAGGUGCAAAAUUCGUAAAGUAAGGUUGUGUACAUGUGUUGUCAAAUUAUUGGCAUGAGGAAAUUAAAACACUUAGGAUAUAAAUUACUCAAGUCUUUGUUUUAGUGGAUAUAUUGCUGCUCGCAUAAAUGAGGGCUGAUUGGACAACACUUGUGUUAAACAGAGAGGGAUUUAUUCUUCUUUUCCUUAACUAUAUCUUCUUUUCUAUAAUUGUAUUAAGUUGUCUUUUAUUUCUGCUAUGUCUUGCACAUUCCUCAUCUCCACCAUGGAAUAUGAUGACAUCUCUAACAAUUCUUGCAUUCAGUUUUGUGAUGGUGAAUAUGGUGCUAGCAGAUUAUGUAGUACAAACAAUACACACUAAACGUGAUUUUAAGAACUUUUUGUGAUCCUUUAAAUAAGAUAAGCAAGUUUAUUUGAAUUUUUAUGUGAUGUAUGAAUUCCUGCAUUCCAAAAAAGGACAUUUCAGUGCAAUAUAUUUAAAGCAUAGUGCUACUUAUAAAUGAUCAAGCAGAUACAAAGUGCGAAAACAUUAGUACUAGAUACCUAUAUUUAAGUUCCAUUUUCAUAAUGCUAGGAAGUGGUGAGUUUGUUUAUAAACAACAACAUAUGGGUGUCAUUCAUGUUAACCCAAGUGAAAGUAAAAGUGAUCAUUCAAUACCAGCAUUGACCCCAUCUAGCCCUAGCUCUAAAUUCACAAAAUCAAGCCUUUUAGGUAUAGAUGACACCAACAUUCCAUUCCUUGGCGUAGCUCUCUCUUUCUGGGAUAAUAUUUUGGGACCAAGAGUGAGACACGUUUGGCAUCCAAGUCAAAGACAGACAUUACAGUCGGACCUUCUCUCACAUAUAACUAGCCAGGUGCUGAGCUGUGAGAUUUGUAGAGACCCAUUUAAAUGUGAUGUUGACUACAAAUUUUAUAACCUGCCUCAUAAAGGUGUUAUAGUUCCAGCAUUUGUGUUUACUGCUAAAGGUACUCAUGGUAUUGCUGUACACUCACUGUUUCUAGUGUUACCAAUAUCAGAACUGAAGUUUUAUCUUGACAUUCAUGAAACACUGACAUGCUGUUUCCAAAGAUUGACUGGCAAGUUCAGAGUUAUUCUUGACAAGAAUGAUUUUGAUGUUUCCAUUGAUGUGUUCACAAGAUAUUUGAGUGAAUGUGUUAAGUUUCUCUCCCUUGUACAUAACUCAUCACUAGCAAAUAUAAUUUCAAUAUCUGACACAGCUUUCUGCCCGGAGCAUGUUUUAGAGCGUGAUUUUUUGACCCGGUGUGUUGCCUCUCAUCUCAUGACGUUUGGUCGGACUCUAGUCAUAGGGGAAACAGCAGAAAGAAUAAAUUUGGUGCUUUAUACACUAUCAAUGUUCAACAGUCAGCCUGAAAGAACAUGCUCCCUGCCAUUUUGUGUGAAGGACCCACAACCAUAUCAUCAUGACUUCUUCCUGCAAGGACUUAUCAAGGAAGAUGGCAAAUCAUUUCUACCAAUGACAGAGAUAUUAGCUAGCCGUUAUCCAACCACGAUAAUAGAUUUAACUACACGUGAUGUGAAGCAGACGCAUACAUACAGUGAUCAUAUCUUACAUAGGUACGAGACGGUCAAAAAUGAACUCAUCUGUCUACAAUAUGGGCACUUUGAAGAAUUGGUGGUUCUUGAUCAGGAAUUACAUGCCAGCUCUGCAUAUCCAGACACACUUGUACAGACUUUUAUGAAAGAGAUAUUUGAGCUACCAGAAAGUUGCUGGAUACGAGAAGCUUAUAUAACUCAGUUUAUGAGAAUGUUACAUAAGAGAGCCCAGUGUUUAAUAGAGUGUGCUAAAGCAGAAAGCAAUGAUGGAACUGUACCAUUGAAGAUUCAAACAAUCAAGAAGAUUAGGACUGACCUACAGCUACACGCAGAAGGGGAUUUCCGAAUAGUUCUCGCCACGGCUGAAAAACUUAAGCCUGGUAUUUUCUGCUUUCUGAAAAGUCAGCGUAAAGCAGAAAGAGAUUUCACGAAAAAUGUGGAAGUUUUGUAGACUAUAUAAGUCUCUGUGUUCCACUCUGAGCUGCCUCAAAAGAUUUAAGGUGUAAUUUAACCCUUAACUUGCUGUAUAUCUUAAAUGAACUUAAAUGAAGUUUCCAUUUUUGGAACAGACCAAUAUUAGUUAUGGAUAAUUGAAAUUUUUCAGACAUCAGUAUAGAGCUUUGUGAGACGUCUGCUCCUAUUUGCAGACUUGCCUGGCUCUGUACUAGUGACAAAGACUGCCUUAAUACUGGUUGCAAAUUUCUAUCACUUUACGUCAGCAGGGUAAAAAUUUAAGACCAGACAUUGAUUGGAAAUACUCUGUUUACAUAGAUAUAUACUUCAUUUGUGUUUUAUUUGUUUGUUCGGACAAGAUUUUUUUUUAGAUGACACAGUUUAGAAAGUGGUAAAAUGAUGAUCAAUUUUACCAGAUAAUAAUGGUGUUCACUUUGAAACUGAAAGUAAACAGAACCAGUCUAAACUGUAGGUAUGUCUAGGGGAGGUG